CUCACUGAACUCCAGUCAAGAUUUUACAGGAGUUAAAAAGGGACUGAGCUGACACAAAAUGAGGGGACUCGUUGUCUUGGUUACUUUGGCUUGCUUUGCCACAGCUCAGCACCAAGCACUGAUUGACUACUUGGAGCGGAGGCUGCUUGCUAUUGAGGACAGGAUCUCUCUGUGGCAUGAACAGACCACCCGCUACGCCUCAGAGCUGCGGGAGCUAAAGCAACAAAUGGUUUCCCAGCUGGAGAACCUGGACAAAGAAAAAGAGACGCUGAGAAUAAAUUUGGACGGCGUGGGGACGAGGGUGGACCGGGUUGAGCGGGAACUGGACUAUCUGGAGACUCAGAACGGAGCUCAGCCAUGUGUGGACGUGGACGACAAGCUGAUAGAGCAGCAGGUGACUCUGGUGAAGGAGAAGCAGAAGGCCAAAUACCUAAAACUAUCAGAUUGCAGCGACAUGAUCUCCAGCAUAAAAGCCAUGAAGAUCCUGAAGCGAGUUGGAGGGCAAAAGGGAAUGUGGACCAAAGACACCAGCAGGGCCUCUGGGAAGGUCUACAUUUUUAAUGGCACAGAUGAAGACACCAUCCACGAGUUUGCGACUGUGCACGACUUUACCCGCUCACCGGGCAUGUCUCUGUCCAACAACCUGAAGCUGCCAUCUGCCUGGACGGGAACGGGACAUGUGGUCUACAAAAAUAACGUGUAUUACAUCAAUCAGGGGGAAGAGAUAACGGUGGUUAAAUAUGACAUGAGGAACAACUCUGUGAUGGACAGUGCGGUGUUUCCAUUGCAGGACCAUGUCCCGGUGUACGGCCUCACCCCAGAGACAGUGUUGGACCUGGCUGUGGACGAGGAGGGUCUGUGGGCAAUAUACGCCACACGAGAAAACGAGAGGCACAUCUCUCUGGCUAAAAUGGACACCAACUCUCUGGACAUUGAGCAGAUGUGGGACACAAACUGCCCGCGAGAGAAUGCAGAGGCUGCUUUUGUCAUCUGUGGCACUCUGUAUGUAGCGUACAACACCAAGCAGCCAGGUCGCUCACGAGUGCAGUGCUUGUUUGAUGUUAAUGGCAUGGUGACCAACGAAGAAGCACCGCUGGUUUACUUUCCAAAACGCUAUGGAUCUCACUCCAGUUUGAAGUACAAUCCACAGGAGCAGCUGCUCUACGCCUGGGAUGACGGCUAUCAGAUCCUGUACAAGCUUAUCAUGAAAAAGAAACUAGAUAUUUGAUCUAAAUAAUAUCAAUCCAAAUAUUUCCUUGCUUCUGACCAUUUUUAAUGCAUGCUGUCGAAUUCCAGAUGUUUGAAUGUGUCACUUGUUAAAUCAGUCAUCCAGGUUAGAACCACACCUCAUCCAAGACACUUCUCCAGUUCUAACUGACUGAUGGAGAGUCCCAGAUAUAUAUUGCCUUCAAAUCACACUGCAAAUGGCCCAUUAACAGCGUAUGACUCGGAUGCCUCGAGGUUUGAAUGGUUGUGAAACUGCCAGGCUUGGGAACUACCUAAGAUGUUAAUGAUGGUAAAACUUUCUGGGAAGAUAUCUUAAGACUGUAUUAUAAAUAUCUGACAGGUGGCGCAAACCCCCUCGUUUGUUUAAAGAUUGGUGUUCCAGUUUAACAUAAAUGGCUUCCUUUACCCCUCUUUCAGAGCAAGCAACACUCUCAGACAAAAUCUGAUUCUCCCUGAACAUAAGACACCCACACACACACACAACGGGAAAUGUUGCAUAUGCAGUACAAUGUAGUGAGGAGUGCACAGACCAAUAAACAACUGUGCAUGGCUCAAGACAGGAGAGCCAAGACUCAGCAGUCCACGUCCAUCUGAAGUAUAAUGGACAAUCCUUUGAGAACAGCAACGUUCACACUCUGGACUCCAAAGACAGAUGGUUUUAGAGAGAAGUGAAGGAAGCCAGCUGAAGUGGAACAGCCAUCUCCAAACAGAGGAGGGGAUCUACAACAUCACUUAUCAGCUACUUGUAGCGCAGCCUUGAGAUCCAUCCCCGCAAGGUUUCACCAUCAUUAUCAACCCUAAACUAACAGUUUCACAAUCACUGACACUUCGAGGCAUGUCGAUCUUGGGCUGUUAAUGGGUUGUGUGAUUUCAGGCUGACAGUGUAAAUCUGGGACUUCCCAUCAGUCACAUAGAACUAAAGAGGCUUCUUGGUUGAAGGUGAAACUUCUUCAAGAACCAAAAAGAGCAAGACAGUUACCUUCUGCUGAAGCUCACACACUCUUCUAAGUCUGCUUUUUUUUUUUUUCUUUUCAAAGAUCCAUCAUUGUAUCCUGUCCUAACUGUUUUAGUGAAGUCACAAAGAUGACAUGACAUUUCAGAAGAACCAAUAGCUAUUGUGCUGCACAAAUCAAGCAGGUUUCAUGAGUCUGCCAUUACACUUGACACACAUUGGAAGCAAUGAAUCCUUAGAAGUACAAUGAAAAUACACAAAAAUAUCAGAACCACUGCAGCAUUUUUAUUGUUUUAAAAGAGGGUUUGUCACAAUUGGCAACAUUUUUUAUAGCUUAGCAUAGUAUUUAAUAGUCACUUUAUACUAUGAAGAUAUAUAUAUAUAUAUAUGUCUGUUACAGCAGCUUUUUUUUUUUACAACAAACUUGUGAUUUCUUAUUAAAGGGGCAACGAUUAACCAAAUAAUUGAUUAAUUGUUCAUUUUUAAAUUACCUGCCAACUAUUUUUGAUGAAUUACAAAUUGGUUUGACUUAGGUUUUUUUUUGUUUGUUUGUUUUUUCUUUUAAGGAAAACACUAAAUUCUCUGAUUCCAAGAUCUUAAAAGUGAGUACUUUCUGGUUUCUAUCUUCCUCUGUGACAGUAAACUGAAUAUCUUCGGGUUGUGGACAAAACAAGACAUCUGAUGAGGUCACUUUGGGCUUUAAGGAAACACUAAUUGUCAUUUUUCACAAUUUUCAGACGUUCAAUAAACCGAACAACUCACUGAAUAACUGAGAAAACAAUUGACAGAUUAAUUGACAGUGAAAAAAACGUUGGUAGCCGCCCUAUUUGUAAUAAAUGAGCUAAUCAUAAAAAAAAAUACUGGUGUGUUCUGUUAGGUCAACUACAAAUAUUUAGAAGUGCUCGAUUGUAAAUAGGUGUCACAUGAAGGUUAUUUCUAAUUAGACUAUGUUUUCUGUGACUGGAACACAUUUACUGUACUUAUACUACCUGUGAUCUCAUGUGCUACUGUUUGUAAUGUACGUCUCUACAGUUGAUUCAAGCACUUAUGCCAUAUUCUGUUUUUUUUUUUUUGCACAAAUGUUAUACAAAUAUGCAACACCUACACAUGUAAAUGAAUAUAAAACACAUGGACCACAAGAUCUGUUCAUUUUAUGCUUCACGUAUCAUUUUGCUGUCUGAAUAAACUGCUACAACAUACAUCUCUAUAGCCUUGCUGGGUGCUUGACAUAGUGCGUACUUGUUUGUUGUUCAAAAUGAACCACAUUCAUGGAACCGUAUUCCCCACUGCUCAUGUGUCCUUUAUUUGUGUAGCGUCUAUGUUAAUGCAGCGUAUAAAGUAGAUGCUUGCUCAGUAGACUGGAUAUAAAAUUAACAUUUUCUUAGGUUAUGACUCAGAUUUAAUUUAUCUUUUUUUCUAGCGUGCAGAUUGAUGAAAUACAAAACCAGUGCCACAUAAACCACAUUAUUGUCAGUGUAGCAGGGAUGUUUAGAGUUGCAGUAAAUCUAACCAGGAUAUUAGGAAACGUGUGAGAACCUGCCAGCUGGCUGGCACUAUUAUGUUUCUCUCUUCAUGCAUUACAUGUACUUUUCCCACAAGUUAAGCACAUAUGUAUUUUAUGGCAUUUUAUCUAACUGAAAUCAAAAAAUUAACAGCACCACUAUUUCAAUUAUGCCUCUCAUAUGAUGUUUAUUAAUUUAUAUUGGAAUAUAAGAUAUCAAUUUCUUAAUGUUUGCUUUAAUUGUGCUCAUUUUCCCACUCUCAUGUAUUUCCUCUAUUGUUCAUUAUGAGAAUAAAAGGCCAACUACA